UGCGUUCGCGCGUGCGCACGGGGAGCCAGACCCGGGUACCGCACGCAGGGCCGCACGAGGUGCGAGCGAAAUGGAGGGUUCCGCUGCCACCGCACCCUCAUCCUCAACCGCAGCCUCGGACUCCGCUCCCGCGACCCCGGCCUCCGUGGAGCAGCUGGACAAAGGACAGAUUAGAAAGGCAGUAGAAGCUCUGUUGACACAUUCCAAGUCCAGGAAAAACGCGAAUGGAUUGCUUUUGAAUGAGAAUGAAAAUUUCUUUUUAAUGGUGGUAUUGUGGAAGAUUCCAAGUAAAGAACUGAGGGUCAGAUUGUCCUUGCCUCACAGUAUUCGAUCAGAUUUAACAGAUAUUUGUUUACUUACCAAGGAUGAACCCAACUUAACUCCUGAAAAGACGGAACGGUUUUACAAGAAGCUUUUGAACAAGCAUGGGAUUAAAACCAUUUCUCAGAUUAUCCCACUCCGAACUUUAAAAAAGGAGUAUAAAGCCUAUGAAGCCAAGCUCCGCCUCCUGGGCAGUUUUGACUUCUUCCUUACCGACGCGAGAAUCCGGCGUCUCUUGCCGUCCCACCUGGGGAGACAUUUCUACCACAGAAAGAAAGUUCCGGUACCUGUAAACCUUCUGUCCAAGAAUUUAUCCAGGGAGAUCAAUGAAUGCAUCGGUGGAACGGUCUUAAACAUCUCUAAAAGUGGUUCCUGCAGUACUAUCCGCGUUGGCCACACUGGAAUGGAGGUUGAGCACGUUGUCGAGAACAUCAUCACUGUGGCGAAGAGGCUUUCGCAAAAGUUGCCAGAGAAGUGGGAGAGUGUGAAGCUCUUGUACGUGAAAACCGAGAGAUCCGCUUCCCUGCCCAUCUUUUCCUCGUUCGUCAGCUGUCAGGAUGAAGCCAAGGGCAUAAGCACCCCCAGUCAGAAGAAGAAGGAGGCAAAGAAAAAACAAAAACAAAAAGAGUAUCGUGAAAAACAGAAAGAGAAGAAGAAAAACAAAAGGCUUAUGAAACAGGCUGGGAAGACUCCAUCGGGCCCAGAGAAGGAGGACGUGGACACCAAAACUACUGGAACUGCAGCACCGGCCCCUGCCCCUGCCCCCGCCCCCCAGAAGGAGGGGUCUGGAGCCCGUGAGAAGAAAGAGGGCCGUCGAGGGAAAGCUCAGUCGAAGGUGAAGGAGGAAUCUGAAGACGAGAUCCCUGUGCUGGUCCCGAUAGGGGGGACGCCAGCCAAAGGAAACGCAGAGGUGCCAAAACAAGCCGCAGGAAAGAAGUCUCCAAAAAAGAGUCCUGCUCCCAGCACACCCCGUGGGAAGAAGAGAAAGGCUUUUCCGGGUUUGGAGACCCCAAAGGCUGUGGAGCCCAAGACCCCAGGCAGUGACCCGGAGAAGAAGCCAAGAAUCAAAGAAGACGCAGAGAAAGAAAAAAACUCUUCGCGGGGGAAAAAAGACCCAAGACAGAUGACCAAAAAGCCAGGGGCUAAGUUCUUUACCACUGCUAGUAAAUCUGCAAAAAAAGCUCCCCGCACUCCCAAACAGUGGCCCAAAAAGCCCAAAGUACCCCAGUCGACCUAAAAAUCCAGAGACUCAGGCAGAAGGGAGCAUCCACAUUCCCCGAAGAGCUUUUUAAAAAUGCAGGGUCCCGAGCCCCACACCAUGCAGUCUUCUCCGGGAGUGAGGCCCAGACUUCAAUAUUUUUUAAAACCUCCGCAAGUAGUUCUGACAUCCGUUUGUGCGCGUGAGAACCAGUAGUUUUGAAGUAAAUCAAUUUUUUUAA